UCCAGGUCCAGUGCAGGGCUCUGGGUGCGGCCGCGCGGGGGCUGACGCGCGCCCGAGGGGCCGCCGUGUACAAACCAGGUCUCCCCACGACGCGCGCGUUUCUCCGCGUGUGGAUCCCCGCGCUCCGCAGACGCCCGCGGCCCCCGGCAGCGUCCGGGUCCCCGGCCUCCGCCACGCCGGCCCCUCCUCCGAGGUCUGCGAGCCGCUUUCCACCGCCUCCGCCGCCGAGGUUCCGGCGUCCACGCUGGGGUCGACGUGGGCCCUUUCCUCCCCCUUCCGCGGCCCUCCGCCCGCGUCCCGGCCACCCCGCGCGCACCGGCAGCAGCGAGCCCGAAAUCCCACCGCAUCUCCCUCCGACUCGCACUCGACCGUCGUCCGUGAGACCGCGCGUCGGCGUCGCCCGGGGUGCCCUCGGCGUCUCCGCGUCGCCGCGCGGGGACCCAUCCUGCGGAGACGCGUUCCGGGGGCGCGGGGCCGGCGGGGACCUCCCGACCAUCCGUAAACUCCUCCUCGAGUUUCGUUUCCGCCAGCCAUUGAGGGGAUGCGGGUACCUGUUUGGGGCGCCGGCGCCUGCGCCCGCCCGCGCGCGCGCGCUCUCUCCCUCUCCCUGCAAAAAUUGGUCCCCACACCGAGGUGCACAGACGCCAAACAGUGAUGAAAUGAGAAGAAAGCCAAUUGCCGGACUGGAGGUGGGGGAGAGAUAGCGUCUCUGCGUGCGCCCGCCGCCGAUCCGGGCGCCCUAAUUGCUGUAGACAGGGAGCGCGGGGGGCUGGGCCGAGGUAGCGGUGUAUAAAUAGUGAGAUCUCAAGUUGAAAGGCAUAAAUAACACCAGAAGGGAUCUACCCUCACACGGACAGUCCUCUCCGCGCGGGGAGGCGUGCGGACCUCAGCCCGGCUCCCGGCCAGCCCCGCCGCGCCCCCCGCGGACCCCGCAGCCCCCGGGCAGCCAUGGAGGAACUCACGGCUUUUGUAUCCAAAUCUUUUGACCAGAAAAGCAAGGAGGGCGGCGGCGGCGGCGGCGGCGGCGGCGGCGGCAAGAAGGAUUCGAUCACGUACAGGGAAGUUUUGGAAAGCGGACUGGCGCGCUCCCGGGAGCUGGGGAGCUCGGAGUCCAGCCUCCAGGACCUUACGGAGGGCAGCGGCCACUGCCCGGUGCAUCUGUUUAAGGACCACGUGGACAGCGACAAGGACAAACUGAAAGAGUUCGGCACGGGGAGGGCUGCGGAAGGCAUCUACGAGUGCAAGGACAAGCGCGAGGACGUCAAGUCCGAGGACGAGGACGGGCAGACGAAGCUCAAGCAGAGGCGCAGCCGCACCAACUUCACGCUGGAGCAGCUCAACGAGCUGGAGAGGCUGUUCGACGAGACCCACUACCCCGACGCCUUCAUGCGCGAGGAGCUCAGCCAGCGCCUGGGGCUCUCGGAGGCGCGCGUACAGGUUUGGUUCCAGAACCGGAGAGCUAAGUGCCGGAAGCAAGAGAACCAGAUGCAUAAAGGCGUUAUCCUGGGCACCGCCAGCCACCUGGACGCCUGCAGGGUGGCCCCCUACGUGAACAUGGGCGCCCUCCGAAUGCCUUUCCAACAGGUUCAGGCACAGCUCCAGCUGGAAGGCGUCGCGCACGCGCACCCGCACCUGCACCCGCACCUGGCCGCGCACGCGCCCUACCUGAUGUUCCCGCCGCCGCCCUUCGGGCUGCCCAUCGCGUCCCUGGCCGAGUCGGCCUCCGCCGCCGCCGUCGUGGCCGCCGCCGCCAAAAGCAACAGCAAAAACUCCAGCAUCGCCGACCUGCGGCUCAAGGCGCGGAAGCACGCCGAGGCCCUGGGGCUCUGACCCACCGCCCGCCCCGCGCCCGGCCCCGACCCCACGACCCCGCCCACGCUGCGUCCUGCACGCGCCCCCUCCGCGCCCCCCGAAGGUUCGCACGGACGCCCUGCAGCUAGCGCGCGGGCCCUGGGGCAGCGGCCUCCCCGCUCGGGGCAGCCCGGGGUGGGGCCCACCACUGGCCUAGGGAGGGGGCCUUCCGGGGCCCUCACGACCCCGCCAGACCCUCGCAGAGACUGUGCGGAAGAACGCAGGUGACGCUCAGACCACCCAGCCCUUUGCCGCGCUGUCUGCACUUCCUGGGACCCUGCGCCACCGGGAGCCCCUGUGUGCCCCUGUGCGCCCCGCGCGCUCCUGUGCGCCCCCGUGCGCUCCUGUGCGCCCCUGUGCUGCCGGCGGCGUUCCUACCCUGUGCAUGUGGCUUCCUACUCGCCUUUGGAAGAUCUUAGAGUCUAUUAAACAAAAGAUCUGGGGCUGGUCUCCGCUGAAGAUACCAACACUCUUAUUCACUGCCACGAACUUGCUUUUUCGUCUGAGGAGGUUCAGGACGGGUAUGGAUUUCAAUGUGGACUUUCGCCUGCCAGGCAGGGGCCAUACUCUGCAGCAAUAAGGAACCGCGUCUGAGGACCUCCACAAGGUGG